AUGAAGCCCAUGACAAAACUGAUACUACUAUUUUUGAUUAUUUCCACCCUAUCUGAUUUUGCAAUGUCUAACUCAGAUGGUACUCCCGUGAUCCAAAAAUCUGAUGCGGAUCCAAACAUCAGUAAACCGGAAGAGAAACCAGAGGGCUGGAAUGUAGUAAGCCAACCCCCGCCUCGACCAUGCUGGAGAAAUACCGACAAACCCAUCCCGCCGGAAGACCUCGAAAAUGGAGAAGCCGCGAACAACAAUGAAAAUAAAUCUGUG